AUGGCUUUUACACCAGGAUCAGCCGUUUCUCCGUCUGCCGAUAUUGAGUUAGCUUUGGCAUGCAGGGGGCUGUCUGGUACAGAUGUUAUGUCAAAAUCUGACCCGAUGUGUGUAACAUAUGUACAACCUUUUGGCCAAAAUAAAUGGGUAGAGUUUCACCGAACUGAAACUGUCAAAAAUAAUCAGGAUCCAAAUUUUGUUUCCAAAGUAUUGAUAAGCUACAGAUUUGAAGAAAAACAGCCGCUGUUGUUUGAAGUGUACGAUACUGAUUCAAAAGAUAAAGAUUUGUCAGCACAUGAUUUUCUUGGAACUAUUACAAUUCCUUUGGGACAACUUGUUGCUAACAAACGUAACAAGUUACAACUGACAGAUCGUGAUGGUCAUUUAAAAAGUAGUUAUUUAGUUAUAACAGCGGAAGAAUUGGGUAUGGAUAGAGAUGAAGUAAUAUUAGAAAUGAGCGGAUUUAAAUUGGACAAAAAAGAUUUCUUUGGUAAAUCUGAUCCAUUUUUGGAAAUCUUUAAGCUUACAGAUACUGGCAAUUACACAUUGGUUUAUAAAACUGAUGUUAUUAAGGAUACAUUAACUCCUCGAUGGAAGAAAUUUACUAUUCCUGUUCGGACAUUUUGUAAUGGGGAUUAUGAACGUGAUUUAAAAAUUAUUUGUUUUGAUUGGAAUUCAAGUGGUGAUCAUAGCCUGAUUGGUGAAUUUCAUACCACUCUAAAAGGUCUCUCAAAUCCUAAUGCUACUUUUAAAUGCAUUAAUGGAAAGAAAAAAGAAAAAAAAAAAGAUUAUAAAGAUUCUGGAGAAAUACGUGUAGAAUACAUAAAAAUACAAUCUACUUAUACAUUCUUAGAUUAUGUCCAAGGAGGAACAGAGAUAUUUUGUACAGUGGCUGUUGAUUUUACUGCUUCAAACGGUAAUCCAUCAAAACCAUCAUCUUUGCAUUUCAUAAAUAAUGCAGGUAUGAAUAGUUAUGAACAAGCAAUGUGGAGUGUUGUAUCUAUAAUUGAAGACUACGAUUCUGAUAAACAAUUCCCUGUGUUGGGUUUUGGAGCUAAAAUACCACCUAAUGGACAAGUAUCACAUGAAUUUUUUGUUAAUAUGAAUCCUGAAAAUCCACAUUGUUUUGGCGUAAGAGGUGUGUUGGAUGCAUAUCGUCAUUGUAUUAAUCAAGUGCAGUUAUAUGGACCUACAAAUUUUGCGCCUGUUAUCAAUCAUGUAGCUAAAAUAGCUCAAAAUAACCGAGAUGGGAGUGGUUAUUUCAUUUUACUUAUACUGACUGAUGGAGUUAUUACUGACAUGCCAGAUACCAUACAGGCUAUUAUAACAGCAUCUUCAUUACCAAUUUCUAUAAUUAUUGUGGGUAUUGGAAAUGCAGAAUUUGAUGCAAUGGAAGAAUUGGACGCUGAUAAAGGAGGACUAAAAAUGAACGGAGUUAAAGCAGCAAGGGAUAUUGUCCAGUUUGUUGCGUUUAACAGUUAUCAUAAUCUUGACCCUAGUGUUGCUAAUUUACAUUUAGCAAAAGAUGUAUUGGCCGAAGUACCUAAACAAUUUAUGGACUAUAUGAAGAUUAACGGUAUUGUGCCUAAAAGGAGAGCAUCUCAAACCACAACACCAGAGAUUGAGGAUUUAAAAAUUCAAUGA